AUGAGUGCUCGCAACCCAUCCAGACUUGUGAAUUUGGCAGCAAUGAGCCUGUUGAGAGAUGAGGCCUUGGCCAUCUGCUCUUUGGAGUAUCUGCCCAUGGAGCUCUACCCACCACUAUUCAUGGCUGCCUUCUCUCUCAGACGCAGUGAGACCCUGAUGGCCAUGGUGCAAGCCUGGCCCUUUGCCCGCCUGCCUCUAGGGGGUCUGAUGAAGAGGCCUCACCGAGAAACCUUAGAAGCAGUGCUGGGUGGACUUGAUGCCCUGCUGGCCCAGGAGGUUUACACCAGGAAGAGGAAAUUGCGGGUGCUGGACUUGAGAAAUACUGGCCAGGACUUCUGGAACAUGUGGUCUGGAGACAAGUACCAUGUGGCCUCAAGUUCACUGAUGGCAUCAAUGGCUAAGGACAUGUCAGGGAUAAAGCACUCUUUGGCUCCCUUGGAGGUGUACAUAGAUCUUUGUCUCAAGGAAAAGACCUGGGGCAAACUUAUCACCUACCUCUUCAGGUGGGUGGAGCAGCGGAAGGGGUCCAUACACUUGUGCUGUAAGAAGAUGAAGAUUAUUUCAAGGUCCAAGGAAACUAUUAAGAAAGUUUUACGAAUAGUGAAGCUGGACUGUAUCCACGAGGUGCAAUUGAAUUUCACCCAGAAGCUGUCCACCCUGGCCAAAUUUGCUUCUCUCCUGGGCAAGAUGAGAAAUGUUCAGAGACUCGUUCUCUCCCCAAUUCAUGGGUCUGCUGUUGAGGAACAGGACCACCAGGCUCUUCUGCAAUUUACCUCUCAGAUCCUCAGGCUGCAGCACCUCCGCUGUCUCCACAUGGAAGGUCCAGCUUUCCUUGAAGGCCGCCUGAACCAGAUGCUCAGAUGCCUGAAGAUCCCCUUGUACAUCAUCUCAAUAACCAACUGCCAACUUACAGAAUCAGACUUGACCCAUCUGUCCCAGUGUCCAGAAAUCUGUCAGCUAAAGGGCCUGAAUCUGAGUGGUGUUACCCUGACCAACUUUUGUCCCAAGCUCAUGCAAGGUUUGUUGGAGAAAGUUGCAGACACUGUUGAAGAGCUGAACUUAAACCUGUGUGGGAUCAUGGACUCCCUCCUCACAGCCCUUCUGCCUGCCCUGAGCUGCUGCUCCCAGCUCAGGGUCCUCAGCAUGUGUGGAAACCUCAUCUCCAGGGCCGUUCUGGAGAGUCUCCUGCGUCAUACUCAUGGGUUGUCUGCUUUACGUCUAGAGUUUUAUCCUGCCCCUCGGGAGAGUUAUAGCUCUCUGGGUAUUCUUCACCAGGAGAGACUUGCCCAGCUAAAAGCUGAGCUUUGGAAGAUUCUUACAGACUUAGGACGUCCCAGGAAGAUUUGGAUUAGCCCCAGCCCCUGUCCUCACUGUGGUGAGGACAUGUGUGAUCAUCUGAAUCCCAACACAUGA